AUGACCUUUCACGUUGCUUUCAACGAAACAUGCGGUCUUUCUCUGUUGUUCAUUCUCUUUCGUAUUGCCUAUCGCUAUGUGGUGGCCCGGAAGGGCAUUGCCUACAAAAUCCUAAGCGACAAUGACGCCACGGCGGAUGCUCGAGAUGUUGGGUUCGUGGAAGAGGAGCAGGGCGAGGAGACCGAUCCCAUGUUAUCCAAGGCGGCGCAGGCCGAGCAGCUGGAGUUCGAAGUUGAUCGUCCCCGAGGCGAAAUUCUGUUCAUUUCCCUGGAACUAGCGGCGUUGGUGGGAGAAGUGGCUGUUUUUAUUGCCAUUCUGUUAACUGACGGCUGGGGUCACCAGGGUAAGCUCCCUGCCGUGGCGAAAUUGAUCUCCUGGGGCUACACCCUGUUCCUCGCGUCCGUGCGAUUGCUUCUUUCGACCCUUGGACUACAUUCCUUCCCCAGACUCUGGAAUCACACCGCUACGUUGUAUGGCCUGCAAUGGCUGUUUGCCGUGUUUGUCUUCCGCUCUGCGGUCAUUCACCCGAUCUCAAGACGUGCCGUGACUUUGAGCGCCAUCGAAUUUGCGCUGUCUACCUUCCUUCUGCUUAUCGCUAUGACCACCCGUAGAGGAAAUAAGGCGGUUUUGGUUCCGCAUGAGGACGGUCUUGAACCGGCAAGACACCCGACGGCAAGCUUGCUAUCCCUUCUGACUUUCACAUGGCUCGACCCUCUCAUCUUCAAAGGAUGUAGACAGACACUGGAGCUUGAGGAUGUCUGGAACUUGACGGGACCCCAGAAAGCCGCCACCGUGCUCGAAGAUUUCCGUCGGAGACAGUACAAGGGAUCUUUGACUUGGAAGCUCCUGCGCUACUUCAAGGGCACUCUUCUGGUACAAGGUGCAUGGGCCGUGUUUGCUAACUGCUUUACGUACUUGCCCACGCUUCUUCUGCGGGCUAUCUUGCUGUACGUCGAGGAUCCGAGGUCCAGUACGCCGAACGCCGCCUGGUUGUACGCUAUAUUGUUGUUUUGCUCCGGGGCCAUCCAGGGAGUUGCCGACGGACAAGGUCUCUUCAUCGGACGCAAACUAAGCGUGAAGCUUCGCGCUAUCAUUAUCGGCGAGAUUUAUGCCAAGGCUCUUAGACGCAAAGCCAGCGCCUCGACUGACUCUGCGAAAAAGAAGUCGGCAGAUGAGCCUCCGGCUGACAGCAAAAAGAAGGGUCUCUUCUCCUUCGGACGCAAAAAGAAGAAGGCCACGAACGACCCCGAAACGGAUCCCGAAGAUACCAAGAAGUCAGACGCAGGAGACGACGCCCAUCUGGCUAAUGUUGGUACCAUCAUCAACCUGAUGGCGAUUGAUUCCUUCAAAGUCAGCGAAGUCGGUGCCUACCUCCACUUCCUGUGGGCCAGCGUGCCGGUGCAGGUUAUCAUUGCCGUCACUCUCUUGUAUCGACUGCUUGGAUUUAGCUCGUUUGCUGGCAUCGUGAUUAUGGUCCUUAUGCUACCCGUCAAUAUCUUCAUUGCCAAACAAUUCACCAAGGUCCAGAACCAAAUUUUGGCUGGUACUGAUGCUCGUAUCCACGCCACCAACGAGAUUCUUCAGAAUAUCCGGAUUAUCAAAUAUUUCGCAUGGGAGCAGCGGUUCGAGGAUAUAGUGAAUGAAAAGCGAAAGGCGGAACUCAAAGCCUUGCGCUUCCGUUACAUUAUCUGGUCCACGGCGGCGACGGUUUGGUACGGAACGCCGAUUCUCAUUACUUUCGCUUCGUUCUUCCUCUACACAGUGGUUGAGAAGAAGGAUCUAACUCCGUCGGUUGCAUUCCCUGCUUUGUCCAUGUUCUCUUUGCUCCGCAUUCCCUUGGACCAACUUGCCGACAUGCUGGCUCACGUACAAGAGUCUAAAGUAUCCCUGGAUCGUGUUGAUAAAUACCUCAACGAGGAGGAGACCGACAAGUACCAUCAGCUGGAGCCUGAGGAAAACGAUGGACAACCUCCUAGAAUUGCACUGGACAACGCCACGCUAACCUGGGGGUCUUCCAAGGGACAGAACCAGGACGAGACGGAUGAUACCCCAGAAGCAUUCCGUUUGAUCAACCUCAACGUCUCCUUCCGCAUCGGAUGUCUUAAUAUUAUUGCGGGACCAACGGGCUCUGGAAAGACCUCGGUUUUAAUGGCCUUGCUUGGAGAAAUGAAGCUCUUGGAAGGCCGGGUUCAUUUGCCAGGUGGCACAGUGAGCCGAGUGGAACUCCCGGUGGACCCUCAGACAGGACUGAUAGAAAGUGUCGCGUACUGCGCACAAGAGGCUUGGCUCGUGAAUGACACGGUCAAGGAAAACAUCGUCUUUGCAUCUCCGUUCGACCAGCGACGCUACAACGCCGUGCUUAAGGCAUGCGCUUUGGAGCGUGACUUGACCAUCCUUGACGCCGGUGAUCAGACGAUGGUCGGAGAGAAGGGCAUCAGUCUUUCCGGAGGACAGAAGCAGAGAAUCUCUCUUGCACGUGCUAUCUACAGCAGAGCUCGGCAUAUUCUGUUGGAUGACUGCUUGAGCGCUGUUGAUUCGCACACUGCCAAGCACAUCUUCAGAGAAGCUCUUACAGGACCUCUGAUGAUGAACCGCACUUGCAUUCUCGUCACACACAACGUUGCCUUGACUGUUCCACAGGCACACCACGUCAUUGUUCUCGACAACGGUAAAAUUGCCGCCCAAGGCAAACCGGACGAUGUUGCAGCUUCGGGUGCCCUAGGUGAAGACCUUCUCAAAUCCCGACCGACUUCUAGAUCCAGCUCCCAGCGCCCUUCCGGCCGACAGACCGCAAUGGAUGAACAGCGCGAGGAGGACUCCCACACCAAUGGUGCUGCCACCAAUGGCUCUGCCGCCAAGGGUACGAAGCAAGAGGAUGCCCGUCCCAAGCUGGUGGAGUCGAAGGCGGUCGGUAGUGUCCAAUGGUCAACCGUCAAGAUGUAUCUCAAGUCUAUGGGUUCAUCGUAUUACUGGAUCAGUGCUGUGCUUGUCUUUUCUUUGCAGCAAUUAGGAUCGGUCUCCACCAACGUUUGGAUCCGGCAGUGGGCGAAUUCCUAUCGCACCAAAGACCUUGGGACGGAAGAUGCGGGCAACUACGCCGCGAUGGCGAACAUGAAAUUCCCAUCCUUCAAUGCUGGAAGUGUCCCACGAAGCUCACCUGUAGGCUCUCCUCAUCUGAACGCGCAGGCUGCUACGGCCUCUUCAUCGGAUGUGAACGUCUCUUACUACCUUGGCGUCUACGCGCUUCUUGGAAUAGUUUAUCUUUUGAUCUCUCUGACUAGAGAAGCAGUGCUCUUCUGGGGCUCGCUGCACGCGUCGUUUAAGAUCCACCAGCGUCUCCUCAGGACAGUGAUGCACGCAAAGUUCAAGUUCUUUGACUCCACACCCCUGGGUCAGUUGAUGAAUCGUUUUUCGAAGGACGUUGAAGCAGUUGAUCAAGAGGUUGCUCCCGUGGCCAUCGGUGCACUCCACUGCCUGGCAUCGGUUAUUAUGAUUGUCGUCCUGAUCUCGGUCAUAACACCUGGGUUCUUGAUCGCGGGUGUUUUCAUUACGCUGGUAUACUUCGCGCUGGGCGCGGUCUACUUGAACUCCUCUCGUGAUCUCAAGCGGCUGGAGUCUGUCCAGCGCAGUCCGUUGUACCAGCAAUUUGGCGAGACCCUGAAUGGCAUUGUCACUAUCCGUGCCUAUGGCGAUGGGCCGAGGUUUAUCGUGGACAACCAUCGUCGGAUCAACAACUACAACCGGCCUCACAUCUAUCUCUGGGCUAGCAAUCGCUGGCUGGCACUCCGCGUCGAUGUCACGGGCGCUUUAGUAUCCUUCUUCACUGCUGUUUUUAUCAUCACGAACAUCGGCAAAGUUGACGCCGGUGCUGCCGGUCUUUCAUUGACGUACGCGGUCACCUUCACUGAGAACAUCUUGUGGUUGGUCCGACUCUACUCCGAAGUUCAACAGAACAUGAACUCCGUUGAGCGGGUCAACGAAUACCUCGACGUCGAGCAGGAGGCCGAGGCAGUCAUUGCUGACUCAAGGCCUCCGGUAAACUGGCCCAGUGCCGGUGCAGUUGAAUUCUCCAACUAUACUACACGAUAUCGCGCUGACCUCGAUCCCGUUCUACGUGGAGUUUCUUUCACAGUGCAGGCUGGUGAGAAGGUUGGCAUUGUUGGUCGUACUGGUGCCGGUAAGAGUUCCCUGGCUCUUGCCCUUUUCCGCGGUCUCGAAGCCGAAAAGGGACACAUCGAAAUCGACGGCGUGAAAAUUAGCGACAUUGGGUUGCGUGACCUGCGAGAGGCCAUCACCAUCGUGCCUCAAGAUCCCACCCUUUUCACCGGAACGAUACGAACCAACCUCGAUCCGUUCAACUUGUUCACCGACGAGCAGAUCUUCACGGCGCUUCGACGGGUGCAUUUGAUUGGACCUGGAACUUCGGGGACUGCCACUCCCGUGGCAGGCAGCGCAAGCACUGCUGUCGAGUCCAGCGCGAUCAACGUCAACGGAUCCCUGGUUCUGGACAACAAGAACGUAUUCCAGAACCUGGAGACUUCAGUAUCCGAAUCGGGCUCGAAUCUCUCGCAAGGCCAAAGACAGCUCCUGUGUCUCGCACGUGCCCUUCUCAAGAACCCCAAGGUCCUCAUGAUGGAUGAAGCUACCGCGUCUAUCGACUACAACACCGACGGCAAGAUCCAGGAGACGCUCCGGGAACUGCGCGAGAGCACCAUCAUCACCAUCGCCCACCGUCUUCAAACCAUCAUCGAUUACGACAAGGUUCUCGUUUUGGACCACGGACGUGUCAUCGAGUACGAUCACCCCUGGACCCUCAUUACUAAAGAAGAUGGUCUUUUCCGAAGCAUGUGUGAAAACAGCGGGAACAUGGAAGUUCUCGAAGAUGGCGCGAAGAAAGCUUGGGAUAACAAACGUCUUGUGGAUGAUUCUUAG